AAAGAAGCUUGCUUGACGUCACACUGUACAUCCAUCGCCAUAUUGAAUUGGAAAGUCUCUCGCGCUCUCCCCGGUUGAUAUUAGUGCCUGCAUCUUUGCUUUUAAAGCCUUGGAAUACUCACUCUUAAGACAAACUGUGAAUACUUCAACUAUACAAUUAUCUCUCUGUGAUCACAUAGCACUAAACAAGCAAAAUAGCUAAGAUGGCCUCAGCUAGCGAUUCCAAAUGGCAGAAGGAUGCCGCCGACCAGAACUUUGACUAUAUGUUCAAAUUGUUAAUAAUAGGCAACAGCAGUGUGGGUAAAACCUCGUUCCUUUUCCGGUACGCGGACGACUCAUUCACAUCCGCUUUCGUAAGCACGGUGGGAAUAGAUUUCAAGGUCAAGACAGUAUUUAGGCAAGACAAAAGAGUUAAACUACAGAUAUGGGACACCGCAGGUCAGGAAAGAUAUCGUACUAUAACAACUGCAUAUUAUAGAGGUGCUAUGGGAUUUAUACUAAUGUAUGAUGUCACGAACGAGGAGUCUUUUAAUGCAGUACAGGACUGGUGUACACAAAUCAAGACUUACUCUUGGGACAAUGCACAAGUUGUGCUAGUCGGUAACAAAUGCGAUCUGGAAGAUGAGCGCGUCGUUUCAGCAGAGAGAGGCAAACAAUUAGCCGACCAGCUAGGCCUAGAAUUUUUCGAGACAUCAGCGAAAGAAAAUAUCAACGUAAAAGCAGUGUUUGAACGGCUGGUUGACAUCAUAUGUGACAAGAUGUCGGAGAGUUUAGACUCGGACCCGACCAUCGUCAGUAGUGCAGCAAAAGGACCCCGACUUACGGAAAACCCCAACACACAGAACAGCGGAUGUCAGUGCUAAUCCUGGCCAUGUGAGCAUGGCUGUGAAGGAAGUGUUCCAUGCUGCUGUAUAUCUCUGUCAGACUUUUAUCCAGCAGCGGCCGCUGUCGGGUUAAGAACAACGAUGGCGGUUAAAGACGUGGGUGGGGUAGAGUUGGGUUGUUGACUGAGAUUAGAUACUGUUAUUGAUUGUCCCUUUCUCCCGUAGAGCAGAUCAACAUGGUGUUUCGCUGAAGCAAGGGCCAUGCUACGUCAUCAUUUUGUCUUUGAAAGCCUCAACUUUGAUCAGAAACUUCCAUAUUCCUGAAUCAGACUCGUACCUAUGAGUUAUUCCGUCAUUCUGGUCGCCCUCGUAUUCAAACAACAUAGAUUUAGAAAUUCUUUUAUCAUUCCCCAGGAUCAUGAAUCAAAAAGCCAUCGAACAUUCCAGCGUCCUGUGAUUACAGAUGCCAUUCCAGAACCACAUUCCUCAUUUUACACAAACCCAUUCCUCAUGAUGUAUAGACCCAUAUAUCCAAUCGAUAAAACAUUAUAGACAAGUGAUGACAAAUUUGUCUUGCACCAUUGAAUGUGCACUGGUUGUCAUGGUAACCCCCAGUAAACAGGCCGUUGAAAUAACCUUAUUAGUUCGGGACCAUUUGGUGUCUAAUCUCGGCCAGGGACGGAGCUCUACGCACUCGGGAGUAUCUGAAUAUCAAGAUAGUGCAAUGUUCACGUUUGUCUAAUAUCUGAACACCAUGUUGACACAAUACUAUUGAACAGAAAUUACAUGCCCAAUUUGGCAACACAUCAACUUCAGUUCAAGAGGAAAAGAGUCAGAAUUCACCUCAACCUGUAAAUUAUUCAAAAAGAUUGGGUUUUGCAUUUUGAAAUGUUGUGAGGACGUGGUGUCAGGUUGAAAGCAGACGUACAAGCAGACAGUUUCUCUCCCCAGCCAAAAGAGGUCUCUGUGUAGAAAUAUGACUUUUUUUGUUGAUUUGGACUUUGUACAUAUUGCUGUUAUGGUUUGCUGUUGAAGUAUACUUACCUACUCCUUGGCUGGGGAGUUAUUUUAGACUAGUUCCCAUUUCGUUUGACUGGUGGCGUUGGUGUAUUGCACAUCUUGCGUUCUGAUUUGAAAUUCCCAGCUUAAAUCAUCUCUGGGUUUAUUUAUGUUUACCGUACGUGGGAAGUUAUCUGUGCUAUACGUUAAACUGGUGUGGGAACGAUAACGUUGAUCUAACUAAUAAUCCUAACACCCGAAAUAUUAUGUUUGCCCUUUCACAUUGUCGAGAUUAUACUGCCUGGCAUCCAGCAUAGUGCAAUACUUGAAACUUGAUGUGAACUUCUAAAUGACCUCGGCUCAUUGGGCUUUAUGUGACUUCAUCCAAAAUCCACCUAAAUCCUUCUGGUCAAAACCACCUCGUUUAGUUUCAGGGCUCAAUAUCUAGUCACAGCACCUUGAUGGGCAUUUAGACCAUGACUACACACCUGGUGAAAUCAUUCCUUCACAGGUGAAAUAUAAAACAAGGAGUUGUCUGUAGUCACUCGUGUCAUGUUCGAGUCACCUAACUUUUGCAGAUUUGUAGCCAAGAUCGUGCUUUGUGGAUUUGGUUGAUGCAAAUGAACUCCCUGCAUUUAUUGCUGUCCCUCAUGAUCUGUUUGCGACUGCGCUGCCAUCUAUGUGUUAUGUCUGAAACCUAGAACAUCAGUCUGAAAGUGACUGAAAGUGACUGCAAGUGACUGAAAGUGACUGAUGUCGUUUUAAUUAGUCGCCUGCCUACUAGUUCAAUGCUUUUACCAGAAUCCCACAGAAAUUCAAUCAUAAGUUUGUAGUGCACACUUAGUAGUACAGUGUAGGUGUUCAAAAGAAUGGUCAGGUUGACCAAUAGCGUUGCCGGAAGUUUGAAAUUUUCAUGAUUUAGAAGAUUGACUGUUUGGCAUAGAUCUGAGAAUAGUUAUUGAAUAUGUGUGGAGUUAAUUUUAUUGUUGUUAUUUCAAAUAAUGGAAUUCCAAAGAUGAGGAAGUGUUGUACAGGAUGGUUGUUGUAAUGAUGAAAGGCUCGAGACCCUCUUGAGCCCUGAAUCACUGGUUAUCGGUUGGUUUCAGUCGGUCAUGCAGCACUAUCCCCUGUGACAAUAAAUCUAAUCAAAUCUCUUUCCUGAAGGCAAGGACUGUGAUAGUUGCCAUGGAAAAUGACCUUUUGAUGUAAAUAACUCUUAGAGGGUUUAAAGGUCAGACCUGUUAGUUUGCAGGCUUGUAUUAUGGCCUGCCUGAAGUACUUGUUUAAUCCAAAAUCACGAGCUGGCAGCACCAGCCUGUAUCUUUCAUGCAUUAUGCAUGCAGGUGUAUUUGAAGUGAGUGACUGCUGCUGCCAUCUAUAGAGUGAGGAGAACGCUAACAUUUCGAGUGGACCACAAUGUACACAAAUGUACCUAGCCUUUAGUGUGGCUCUGUCCUAGGCCUAAACGUUUAUGCAUGCCCAUUGAGUUUAGUUCUUGCCAUAGCCAAAAGGUGGCUCUCUAGUCAUAGCUUAAAAAUGUGUGAAAUGGUUGAUCAAGUAAUUGACUUGUCUCACAGGAAAUGAUGAAUGUCUGACUUUAUUAAUCUUUGGUGUAUUGCUAAUGUUCUAACUUGGACUAUACCCUGCAAACUGUACUUUAUGGACUUGAGGUGGAAUCUGCAAACCUCAAAAUGUUUGCUGAAGAAUCACUGUGACUAGCAUCUUGAAGGCCUACAAUGUUCAUUCAAAUGUGAAAUUUAAAGAUGAUGAUUUGGUCAGCAUGUUAAGACGGAUGUUGCAGGGUUGGUCAACUAUAUGAGUCGAUCAUUCUCACUUUGUUUUUAAAGUCGUUCAUUUGGGUCCUGCGAUCCUUUAACCGCCAAUCAUUCUAAAUAUAGGUCAGGUUGGUUGAAAUGUACAAUGUAUAAUUAUUGUGACAUAACUGUAGAUAUGUUCUUAUUGAGAGUGGAUAUAAAGGACUUUAUAGAUAGUUGUAGUUUCGUAGGCAGUUAUGUACUAUUUGGAUAUACUUGAGGCAGUGGGCAGAAUGAGAAACUUCCAGUAAAUGCGGUUGGCAAAAUGAGACAUUUCCCUUUGAUAUCAAUACCUGUCUUGAAUACUGUCACACGGGCAUCCAUUGGGGAGGUGGAUUUAUCACCUCUGGAUUAGUUAUGAGCUUGUGGGUAAAACCUUUUGUGGUCCUGUUGGCCACUUGGAUCAGCUGUCUGGAUUAUUAUCACCUCACCUCACUUCAUUGUCUUUCCCCUGAAUAUUCAUAAACAGAAGUCAACAGGAGAAAGCGUUUCAAGCUUAACAGAAUCUGGAUUAGAUGUGCCUAUUGAUAUGCCUGUUGGCCUCCCCACAUAUCAGAUAUCAUUCUCAUUUGCCUCUUGUGCUGAGUAUAUCCUCAAGUACACUGUAUAAUACUAAGGAAUUGUGUAGAUUGUUAAUGUAUAAUUGCAACUAUGUCUGUGAAUACAAUAAAUAAUUAGCUGGGUAACAAAUGGCAGACAAUGCCAGAUCUGUAAUCCAAACAUGAGUCAUUAAAAUGGUAACCAUGGAAAGCAUGA